UAUAAGAGUCUCAGGUGAGCGGCAGCAGGACAGGUGCAGGAGGACGACAGCAGCUGUGUGUGUGUGUGUAGCUUUCACAUUUUCUACAAACACACACUCACACACUUGUUGGAGCUGAAGAAGACGACGACGACACCACCGACAGACGAUCAUGCAGGGAGACAAAGACAGAAGCGUUUCCAUCAUGGCGUCCUUCGUCCCAGAGCAGGGUCUGUCCCCCCCCCCACCGUGUGGAGCCUCCUUACCCCAGCAGGAGCUUCCCUCCCUGGGCCUCGACCCGUCGGACUUCAGCCUGUACAGCCCUCCAGCUCCUCCAGAGGCGCCGUGGCUCCCUCCCUCGGGCGACCUCGGCGACUCCUACCUCUGCUACAGCAGCCCAGACACGGGCCCCCUCCCCGGGGCCACAGGGGCCCCCGCCGGACUCUCCGCCGGAUUCUCCCCAGCGUUGGGAGGCUUCUUCCCCCAUCUCUUCAGCCCCUACAGGCCCCUGCCCCUCAGCAACCCCUGGCUCUCCCUGUCCUCCCCGGACGACUUGCUGCGCCUGGUCCGCCCGCCGUACUCUUACUCCGCCCUCAUCGCCAUGGCGAUCCAGGGCGCGCCCGAGCAGCGGCUGACGCUGAGUCAGAUCUACCAGUACGUGUGUGACAACUUCCCCUUCUACAGCCGCAACAAGGCCGGCUGGCAGAACUCCAUCCGCCACAACCUGUCGCUCAACGACUGCUUCCGGAAGGUCCCGCGGGACGAGAGCGACCCGGGGAAAGGGAACUACUGGACUCUGGACCCAAACUGUGAGAAGAUGUUCGACAACGGAAACUUCCGCCGCAAGAGGAAGAGGAAGACGGAAAACGUGCAGACUGAGAAGAAACCAUCCCCCUCCUCCCCCUCCUCCCCCUCCUCCUCCUCCUCCCCCUCCUCCUCCUCCUCCUCCUCCUCCUCCUCCUCCUCAGAGCUCAGCCCCGGCGCUGACGUCACCUCCGGCCUCAACAGCUUCCUGUGUCACCUGCAGGACUCCCUCCUCCCCCCUCCUCUUCCUCCUCCUCCUCCUCCUCCUCACGCCGCCUCCCCUUCACUGUACAUGCAGGUUCCGGACUACGCCUCCCCCACUCCUCAGGGAUACGUCUCCUCCUACUCGCCCGGCGCCGUGGUCCCGCAGUGGGACGCCUGCAGCUCUUCUCCCCUCUUCUCCUCCCUCCAUCACUCUUCUUCUUCUUCAUCUCCUCCUCCUCCUCUCUUCCCCACCUCCCAGUCGACCACCCCUCACUUCUGCUCCCCCCUCGCCGACCCCCUGGCGGGCUCCCCGCCGCUCUACGCCGACCUGCAGACGGCGCCCUGUCCCGUGCCGGAGCUCGAGCGGCUGCAGGCCCAGUAUGAGUCUCUGUUCUCUGGGGGCUUCACUGACGCUCUGCCCCUCGACCCUCUGGUGCUGCAGCAGUGAACCGUUGUGUUUACAUAGUGUGGAUGUUUGUAUUUAUCUUUUUUUUUAAAUAUUUUACUAACGUUAACAGAGGUGAAUGUUUUUGUAAAAUAUGGUGUAAAUAUAAUAUUGUGUUUGGAAUAAAA